GGGAGAGGGAGAGGAAAAAGUGGGUUGUCCUUGGGUUUUGCAGAAGGGUUUCCCUAUUGUUUUGCACCACCUUGGGGUGCACAUCUUGGAUUGAAUUGAUAGGAGUCCUUCCUCUCUCUCGCUUCCACACAAGUUUCAUGACCACAAAGAAUACACGUGAAUAAUAACAUCUCACAGGUGACCUAUGCUGGCUUCCCAGUGGUUUGGAUCUGCUAGAAGCUCCUGCCAGCCUAAUGCCAUGAAUGUUGAAGCGGACAAUGUGGAAGAGAAAGCUGUCCAUUCCUGGUCAAGGAUCUCCUCUGCAGGACAGAAAGCCUUGGAAGAAGCUCUCCGGGUGUUUAACCCCAUGUCGAAGGACCUGUCCAACACGGAGACCCAGUUGGUAGCUUUUCUCCAAGGCCUUAAAGAAGAAGGCUAUCAACCCACAAUCCUAAGGAGCAAAGACGUGUAUGGAUACAGUUCCUGCACUGCCAAUGCACCUGGCCAAACAAAAGGCAAUAUUCCAGACAUUUCGGAAGCAGCUGUUCCCAUUUCAGAGUCUGCCAAGGCUCCAGCAAGGAACAUAGUAACCAUAGAAAAAGUAUCUGCCCCCCUGGCGGGGAUCACAGUGAGCUCUUCUAAAGAAUCUGCGAAGCCAAUGUCGAAGAGCAGUAACUCCACAAACCUCCUAUUGAACUCCUUGAAACGGACACGUUCGGGCACAUCCAAAGCCUCAGCAAUGAGCUUCCCAGCUAAUAUGUACCCUGGUGUCUAUCCGGCCAUGAGGCUGUCAGUGGUGCUGGAAGCCUUAGUCCCACUGAAAGCCACUGCCUCUUGCCUGGAAUCAAAAUGCAAACAAGGGCACCUGGAGAUGUCUCCUUCGGACCUUAAGCGGCUCAAAGCACCCGCUGCAUCUGUGCAGUCUUCAGCCGCCAAGGCAACUAAGAUAUCAUCUAAUCAAUUGGACCCCAAAGGAUACCGGCAUUUGAUAACAAAAGUGCCAGACUCUGCUGCUCUCACGAUGAGCCUUAUAAAAGGACCAAAGGGUGGGGUGCUUCAGGAAAGCAAUGCUUGUAAGGCAUCUGGAAUCCUGAAUGGCCGAAUUUCUGGGAGCAACUCCCAGAGCUGUAGCACGGGGGCCUCCAGAAUUAAGGAACCAUCAGUGGCCAAAACUGAUCGGAGAAGUGGUGGCAGCCAUCCGCAGGCAAUUGGGGAGAAAAGAAGUGCAGAUGAAGGAAAAGAUUUACCGUGUAGAAAGAUGCCCGGUUCUGUCCCACCACCUAAUAAACCAGAACUGGCUUCCAAAGCAUUAAACCUGCUGACAUUCCAGGCCAUCAAAGUGGACAGCUCUUCGGAUGACGAACUGAGGAGGAGAGCACAACAGAUCCUUAAAGUUAACCUGUCCCCUGUGAUCAGAAUUCAGCCAUUGCCUCAAUCUCUCAGCAUCCCUUGAGUUGUUCAGUUGAGUUGGAGCUCCAAGGCCACCCCAUGAGGAUGAUCAAAUCAGCAUUGAGUCUCUCAGACCGGGUGAGGGCAUACACAAACGUCUCUACUCCUUGGGCAGCUGAGCCUCAGCUCCUGGCUGGCAAUUGGAGGAAAUUCUGCAGAGCUGAGCAACAAUUGGAUUACAAAACCGUGUUGGGAAAUACCGGAGGAGAUCUUUUAAGGCCCCGUUAAGAAGAAUAUAGACCAUCGCUGGCCUUCCUCUGGGACACUUUUCUACAGUACUUUUGUAAACAUGGCAAAAGUGCACAUCUGGGAUAUGGCGGCACUUGGGCUGUUGUACUGUGAUAUUUCUGGUUCCUUUUAUUUUAAAAUCUGUAAAUCUACUUGGUUUUAUUUUGAUCCUAUUUUAUAUACUUAUUAAAUAUAAAUAUCUAUUGACUCAUA